GUCGCAAAUCAGUUGUCGCUGUCGCGCUCACUGCUUCUAGCUAACACAACAAGCUAAACUGCGCAACGUUACUUCAUGCAUGAUGUCGCUGGGCAUGAAGAGCAGUAUCAGUCCGGUCGCUGCAUAGUUUUCCACCCUAGAAACUUAUUUUCACAACUGAUAAACAAUUUCUCAUCUGUGCUGUAGCGGCAAUUCGUCUCCAAAUGGACAACCGACUGUUAGCUAUCAAGCUAAUGUAGCAGCAUACCGUUUAUUGCUAGCUAAGUUAGCUAAUCGACCUGUGGAUAAACUGUGAACACUGACAGAUAACAUGGCAGAGUCGUCGCCACUAUCAGGGGUCAAUGUUGUCCUGGUUAUGGCCUAUGGGAGCUUGGUGUUUGUGCUGCUGUUUAUCUUCGUCAAAAGGCAAAUCAUGCGUUUCGCAAUGAGAUCCCGCCGAGGACCACAUGCACCCAUCGGCCACAAUGCACCUAAAGGUUUGAGGGAGGAGAUUGACUCCAGACUGUCCAAGGUCCAGGAGAUCCGCUUUGAACCUCUUCUCCUAUCAGAAGAAGACGAUAGACUGAAGCAUGGAUCACAGAUCAGUUGCUACAACUACCUGUACAGAAUGAAAGCUCUAGAUGCCAUUCGUGACUCAGGAAUUCCUCUGCAGGAGAUAAGCCGCUCUCCCAGUGCAUUUACUGGACGCAACUUCAGGAACUGGCUGCUGGAGUUACGCAACUCCCACUCUCUGAUCAAGAGCAGCCGCAGCGCACUUAUUGACCGUUUGCUUGAAGGCUAUGACAGCGCUCGCCAUGGGACUGGGGUGUUCGGUGAAGCCGAGUUUCUGGAAUACCAGCGAGCUCUGAAUGAACUGGCAGAUGUAGUGAAAGCGUAUUCCAGCACCACCAGCCUGGACCAGCAUCAUCAGUCAGCAGCCAAGGACCUGACCGGCUCUCCUGUCCGGAGCACUCCCUCCACCAUCCAGGUCACCUAUCUGCCCUCCACGGGCCAGCGCAGCAAGAGGCCCAAACACUUUCUGGAGCUCAAAAGUUUCAAAGACAACUACAACACACUGGAGAGCACGCUGUGAGACCCUGCUGCUGCUGUUGCUGUCACAAAAUGUUUGUGUGGGUUGGUGAGCGUGUGUGCACAACUGUUACAGUCCAGCGGGAAAAACACAUUGCCACAACUGUUUUCUCAAUGAGCUUUAAAAUUCACCUUCAAAAUAAGUUGGGAAAACUUCUCACAUUAGGUUACACAACAUUUUACAGAUAAUUUCAAAGAAUUAGAUCAAUAACAAUUGUUAAAAUCUUGCAGUCAAAACAGUCAUAUGUGCACGCGUUACACCCAAGGCAUUUGUUCGUAUUUUGGACCUAAUGAGCAAGGACAAAUAUGAUUGUAGCCAAUAAGGCAAAGUCUCCAUCGUAAUUUUUGUAAAACCAGCAAAGUUAAAGGGAUAAUUCGGAUUUAUUAAAAUGGGUUAUAUUAGGUACUUAUAUAGUCAGUGUAUGGAUAAGUGUCUCAUACAAGCCCACUUCAAUAAAUGUGAUCUUUCCUUUAAUGGCAAGUCACCUGCUGCUUUUUUAUUAUUCUCUAAAGUUCAAAUGUAAAUAUGAUGGUACCUUUCAUUUUACUGUGUUUGUACAGAUGUAAGAUAUUUAUACGAACAUUCAUAACUUAUUUAAUUGAUAUUGUGUGUUUUGUAUUUAUGUGAUGUUGUGCACUUUUGUGGUUUAAGAUUAAAAAAAGCUUACAACCCA